GUGAACAUAUUGAAGAUUAUAUAAGUGGAGCAAAAUCAGCAGAUACAAUAAGAAGGCUUAGAAGAUAGAAAGAGAAUAGCAUGGCUCCAAGCUCAUUCAGAAAAGCCAUUGGGGCAGUGAAGGAUACAACAAGCAUAGGCCUAGCCAAAGUUGGAAGCAGCACCUCGCUUGCCGACCUUGACGUGGCAAUCGUGAAGGCGACGAGGCACAACGAAUACCCGGCCGAAGAGAAGUAUCUUAGGGAGAUCCUGAGCUUAACAUGUUACUCUCGCGUAUUCAUCAGUGCUUGUGUGAAUACCAUCUCAAGACGUCUGAGCAAGACUAGAAGUUGGACGGUGGCUUUGAAAAGUCUUGUGUUGAUUCAAAGGCUGCUAGCAGAGGGUGAUCCUGCCUAUGAGCAGGAGAUAUUCUUCUCAACUCGCCGUGGGACUCGCCUUCUCAACAUGUCUGAUUUUCGUGACCACUCAAGAUCCGGUUCAUGGGACUUCUCUGCAUUUGUGCGCACCUACGCCCUGUAUCUAGAUGAAAGACUUGACUUCAAGAUGCAAAGCCGCCGUGGGAGGCACGGCAAAUUGAGUUUUGAUGAUGACGUGUAUAAAGAAAGGUUCAUUGAAAGGCAUAGAGAAAGAGGAUGCGAUAGUGAUGGAGACAGAGACAGAGACAGAGAAAAAAUCUACAAAGAAAGAGAAAGAGAAAGAGAAAGAGAAAGAGAAAGAGGCAGAGACAGAGACAGGGACAGAGACAUCGAUAAGGACAGGGACAGGGACAGAGAAGUUGUUGUAAGAUCUACACCAGUUAAAGACAUGACACUGGAUAAACUUUACUACAAGAUGCAUCAUUUACAAUUGCUGCUUGAGAGAUUUUUAGCAUGUCGUCCCACAGGGGCAGCAAAGGACCACAGAAUUGUGAUAGUUGCUCUAUAUCCGAUUGUGAGGGAAAGUUUCCAACUGUAUUAUGAUAUAACAGAAAUAUUGGGUAUCUUCCUUGAUCGCUUCCCCGAAAUGGAGGCAGUGGAUUGUAGCAAGGUAUAUGACAUCUUCUGUCGUGUCGGAAAGCAAUUCGAUGAGCUAGAUGUGUUUUAUAUCUGGAGCAAGAAUAUCGGAAUUGCACGUUUUUCUGAGUAUCCUGAGAUUGAAAAAAUCACGCCCAAGAAGCUAGAGAUAAUGGAAGAGUUUAUAAAAGGAAAGCUCGUCUUGCCACAGAACAACCAACAAGAAAAGAAGGAAGUUAAAGCCGCCAAGGAACCGGAACCAGAACCAGAAGAGGAUAUGAAUGCAAUUAAGGCACUACCACCACCAGAAGAAUCCAUUUCUGAGGCACCGGCAAAAGAGGAGCCAAAGAAAGAGCCACAAGUAGAAAAACCUGUGCAAAUGGAAGCUAAUUUGUUGAAUUUAGGAGACGAAACGGUAACUUGUGAAGACCAGGGAGACAAACUGGCCUUGGCUUUGUUUGAUGGAGCUUUACCAGCAGCAACAGGUGCAACCCAAGCACUUCCAUGGCAUGCAUUCGACGAAGCAGAAGAUUGGGAGACGGCAUUGGUCCAAUCAGGUAGCAACUUAUCGAACCAGAAGCCUGCAUUGGGUGGUGGCUUUGAUACAUUAGUGUUGAAUGGCAUGUACCAACGAGCAGAAAUGACAACAACAAUGCAAGGACCUGGUUAUGGGGUGAGUGGAAGUGCUAGCAGUGUGGCACUUGGUUCAGCUGGAAGGCCUGCAGUGCUAGCAUUGCCAGCGCCACCAACACCGGGCAGUGGUUUGAGUUCCGGCAGUGUAGAUCCCUUUGCAGCCUCUCUAUCUAUGGCACCGCCGUCUUACGUGCAAAUGUCGGAGAUAGAGAAGAAACAGAAGUUGUUGCUUGAAGAGCAAUUAAUGUGGCAGCAAUUUGAAAUGGAUCGGAGCCAAGGACAAGCUGCAUUCUUGAAGCAGCAGCAUCAACAACAUAAUAAAAAUCCUUAUUUCGGAGGUUAUCCAGAGAAUUAUGGCAAUUAUCAACGUUAAGUAGGUCAAAUUCCCUCACCUUUCUUAUUUGCUGUAGUAAAUAUUGUGUGCUGAUUAGAACAGUUGUUUGCGGGUUUUAUGUUUUAUUUCUACAUUUGGUGGCUGG